AUGGGUUCGUUGUUUCGUAGUGAGGAAAUGACUUUAUGUCAGCUCUUCCUGCAAAGUGAAGCCGCUUAUGCAUGCGUGUCGGAGUUAGGGGAACUUGGACUUGUACAAUUUCGCGACUUAAAUCCUGACGUGAAUGCCUUUCAACGUAAAUUCGUCAAUGAGGUCCGGCGUUGCGAUGAGAUGGAAAGGAAGCUUAGAUACCUGGAGAAGGAGAUCAGAAAAGAUGGAAUCCCUAUGCUGGAGAUUCCUGGAGAAUGUCCUGAAGCACCACAGCCCAGAGAGAUGAUUGACCUUGAGGCUACUUUUGAGAAACUAGAAAAUGAACUUCGCGAAGUUAACCAAAACGCAGAGGCUCUGAAGAGGAACUACCUCGAGCUCACGGAGCUGAAGCACAUCUUGAGAAAAACUCAAGUUUUCUUCGAUGAGCACGAGGGCGGUGCCAAUAUCACCACUGAGUCCAUGACGCGUGCGCUCAUAUCAGACGACCCCAACAACCAUAUGGGACAAGUCCAACUAGGUUAUCGGGACAAGCAAGAGUCCUUGGAAUUCCUGCCCUGUUUCGUCGCUGGAGUUAUCCUUCGGGAGCGCAUCCCGGCUUUUGAAAGGAUGCUAUGGAGGGCCUGCAGAGGAAAUGUCUUUUUGAGACAGGCUGAAAUUGAUACACCAUUGGAAGAUCCAUCUUCGUCGGACCAAGUAUACAAGUCGGUGUUUAUAAUCUUCUUCCAAGGAGACCAGUUGAAGACGCGCGUAAAGAAGAUUUGCGAGGGCUUCCGCGCCACUCUCUACCCAUGCCCUGAAGCGCCUGCUGACCGAAGGGAAAUGGCUAUGGGCGUCAUGACCAGGAUUGAAGAUUUGAAUACGGUUCUCGGUCAAACCCAAGACCACCGUCACCGCGUGCUGGUCGCCGCAGCCAAGAACAUCAGGAAUUGGUUCGUCAAAGUUCGCAAGAUUAAGGCCAUCUACCAUACGUUGAACCUGUUCAACCUGGAUGUCACACAAAAGUGUCUGAUCGCGGAGUGCUGGGUUCCGGCUCUUGACAUGGAGACCAUACAACUGGCGCUUAGGAGGGGAACGGAACGCAGUGGCAGUUCGGUUCCGCCCAUCCUCAACCGGAUGGAGACGCUGGAAGACCCACCCACGUACAACCGGAACAACAAGUUCACCAUCGCCUUCCAGAACCUCAUCUACGCGUAUGGUGUCGCCACCUAUCGAGAGGUCAACCCAGCCCCUUACACCAUAAUAACAUUCCCGUUCCUCUUCGCGGUGAUGUUUGGAGAUUUGGGCCAUGGGGCUCUAAUGGCUAUUUUUGGCUUCUGGAUGUGUUACAAGGAAAAACCUCUGCAGGCAAAGAAGAUUGACAGCGAGAUCUGGAACAUCUUCUUUGGCGGACGGUACAUCAUUCUGCUCAUGGGUCUAUUCUCAAUGUACACGGGGCUCAUAUACAACGACAUCUUUUCAAAAAGUCUCAACAUUUUCGGCUCUUCUUGGAGGAACAACUACAACAUCAGUACCCUCGAGACCAACAAGUUGCUGCAACUCAACCCUGACUCUUGGGACUACCUUCAGGCUCCGUACCCCUUUGGAAUCGACCCGGUUUGGCAGCUGGCAGAAGCGAACAAAAUUAUCUUCAUGAACGCCUACAAGAUGAAAAUCUCCAUCAUCAUUGGAGUAUUCCACAUGCUGUUUGGAGUCUGUAUGUCGUUGUGGAACCACUUGUACUUCAAGCGCCGCAUCAGCAUCUACGUGGAGUUCAUCCCUCAGAUCAUUUUCCUGACUGUGCUCUUCUUCUACAUGGUGCUGCUGAUGUUCAUGAAGUGGACGUUUUACGGAGCCACCAUUGACCACUUCGGAAGCCAAGAACCAGAUAUCGUGAAGUCGUCCGGCUUCUGCGCUCCCUCCAUCCUGAUCACGUUCAUCAACAUGAUGCUGUUCAAAACCGAUGAGAACCCGCGAACACAGUGCGACCCCACCAUGUACCCUGGGCAGAUUGGACUGCAAAAGUUCUUCGUGUUGGUGGCUCUCGUGUGUGUGCCCGUGAUGUUGUUCGGCAAACCCUACUUCAUCAUGCAAGAGAGGAAGAAAAGGGCGCUUCAAGGCCUGCAGCCAUUGGCUGAAAAUGCCGAAAAUGGAACAGCCGGUGGAGCACCCGUGCCUACUUCGCAUCAUCAAGAUGAAGAAAUCUCCGAAGUCUUCAUUCACCAGGCUAUCCACACCAUCGAGUACGUACUCGGCAGCAUAUCCCACACGGCGUCGUACCUGCGUCUGUGGGCGCUGUCUCUGGCCCACGCCCAACUGGCCGAGGUGGCCUGGAACAUGCUGCUCCGCAAGGGCCUGAAGUCCGCCGGGUACGAAGGCGGAGUGUUCCUAUACGUGGUGUUCGCGGGAUGGGCCGCCAUCUCCGUCUCCAUCCUGGUGCUCAUGGAGGGGCUGUCGGCCUUCUUGCAUACGCUGCGUUUGCACUGGGUCGAGUUCCAAAGCAAGUUCUACGCGGGCGAAGGAUACUUAUUCCAACCCUUCUCUUUCGAAGUCAUCCUCGAUUCCGCGGGACAAGCAGAGGAGUAA